CGAUAGUUGACGAGUGUUAAGUCAUUAUGUGCGCAAACAUCGGCCUCUGCAUAAAAGGAGCGUUUGCUUGGGAAUCCAGCCAAAGAUUUUAUACCAAACAUCACUCGCAAAUCUUCAUUUCAUUCUUCUACACGCUGUCUUCUCAUCCUUUGUAAUAACUCAACGAGACCGCCUGAAGAAAACACAAGCAAAACCAAACCCCAAGAACCUCUUCACUCAUCGCUUCACUCACUCUUCUCAAUCCUUCACGUACACUUUGUCCACAUGCCUGACUGUGAAGGCACCUGCGAAGCUGAUGGUCCCUCCUCCUCCUCCUCUGAUAGCACCAACACCUGUGCUAUCUGGCCGAUUACUGAUCAUGGAGCUGAUUCCUCCUCCGUACCUCAAAAGCCUCAGAAAGAUCCCAGAAAGAUAGCUAGAAAGUAUCAGUUGGAACUAUGCAAGAAAGCUAUGGAGGAGAACAUAAUUGUGUAUUUGGGGACAGGAUGUGGCAAGACCCACAUUGCUGUAUUGCUUAUUUACGAGUUGGGUCACUUGAUAAGGAAACCUCAGAAGAAUGUCUGUGUUUUUCUUGCGCCUACGGUUGCCCUCAUUCAGCAGCAAGCCAAGGUUAUAGAAGAAUCUACCGAUUUCAAGGUUGGGAUCUUCUAUGGGAGCUCCAAGCACUUGAAGAAUCACUAUGAUUGGGAAAAAGAGAUUGAACAAUAUGAGGUCCUUGUAAUGACUCCUCAGAUACUACUGCAUACGUUAAGUCACAGCUUCAUCAAGAUGGAGUUAAUUUCCCUUUUGAUAUUUGAUGAGUGUCAUCAUGCCCAAGUCAAAAGCAAUCAUCCUUACGCAGAAAUCAUGAGAGUAUUCUACAAGGCUAAUGAUGGAAAACUUCCCCGUAUAUUUGGCAUGACUGCAUCUCCUGUUGUGGGGCAAGGUGCUUCUAGUCAGGCAAAUUUACCAAGAAGCAUCAAUAGUCUUGAAAAUUUACUUGAUGCUAAGGUUUAUUCAGUUGAAGACAAGGAAGAGUUGGAACAUUGUGUAGCAUCUCCUGUAGUUAAAAUUUAUGAGUAUGGUCCUGUUGCAAAUGGCACAUCAAGUUACUAUAUGACUUAUUGUAGUAAACUGGAGGAGAUAAAACACACUUGCAUAUCAGAACUUCACAAGAAGGUUGAUGAAUGUCAAAGUGUUCAGGGUCUUCGAAAUACAAAAAAGGUGCUCAGUAGAAUGCAUGAUAAUGUGGUAUUUUGUUUGGAAAAUCUUGGCCUUUGGGGAGCAUUACAGGCUUGUCAAAUUCUUUUGAGUGGUGAUCCCUCUGAAUGGAAUGCACUGAUUGAAGAGGAAGGAAAUAUCAGUAAUGACUCUUUUUGUGAUAGAUACCUAGCUCAGGCUGCAAAUUUCUUGGCUGCUGUUUGCACAACAGAUGGUGUGGAAUCUGAUAUCUCACUUGUUGAGGUUCUGAAUGAGCCAUUUUUCUCAAGAAAGCUUUUACGCCUUAUUGGAAUCCUUUGCAACUUCAGGUUGCAACCAAAUAUGAAGUGUAUAAUUUUUGUAAACAGGAUUGUCACUGCAAGAUCCCUUUCAUACAUAUUGCAAAAUCUUAAGUUUUUAACCUCUUGGAAGUGUGAUUUUCUUGUUGGGGUCCACUCUGGACUGAGGAGUGUGUCUCGAAAGACUAUGAACAACAUUCUCGAGAAGUUCCGAACUGGAAAGUUGAAUUUAUUGAUUGCAACUAAAGUGGGUGAAGAAGGACUUGAUAUUCAGACAUGCUGCCUUGUUAUUCGAUUUGAUCUUCCAGAAACUGUUGCCAGCUUUAUACAAUCUAGAGGACGUGCACGUAUGCCUCAGUCUGAAUAUGCAUUUUUGGUGGACAGAGGCAAACAGAAGGAGCUAGACUUGAUAGAAAGUUUUAAAUACAAUGAAGAUCAAAUGAAUAGGGAAAUUGCUUCGAGAACAUCUAAUGAGACAUUCGUUGGUCUUGAGGAAAAAGUAUAUAAAGUAGAUAUAAGUGGUGCUUCUGUCAGUUCUGCAUAUAGCAUCUCAUUACUGCAUCGUUACUGCUCAAAACUUCCACAUGAUGAGUAUUUUGAUCCCAUGCCAAAAUUUUUUUAUUUCGAUGAUUUAGGAGGGACUAUCUGCCACAUAAUUUUACCCUCAAAUGCUCCAGUACAUCAAAUUGUUGGCACACCACAACCUUCGCAAGAAGCUGCUAAAAAAGAUGCUUGUCUGCUAGCCAUUGAACAAUUGCAUCAACUGGGUGCAUUGAACAAUUUUCUUUUGCCACAUCAAGAAGAUGCGGAUGAAGAGUCAGUGUUGCUGUCAUCUGAUUCUGACAACUGUGAAGAUGAGGGUUCCCGAGGUGAACUGCAUGAGAUGCUAGUUCCUGCUUUGUUGAAGGAAUCAUGGACUGCCUCAGAGAACUGGAUCCAUCUACAUUCUUACUAUAUUGAAUUUUGUCCUUUUCCUAAGGACAGGACCUAUGAGAAGUUUGGUCUUUUUAUUAAGGCACCUCUACCUCAAGAGGCUGAGCAAAUGCAACUCGAUCUUCAUCUGGCUCGUGGUAGAAUUGUGACAACAAAGCUUGUCCUAUCAGGAGUCAUGAAAUUUAAUACAGAUGAGAUCACCAUGGCAAUGAAUUUUCAAGAAAUGUUUCUAAAGGUCAUCCUUGACCGAAAAGAACUCAUUUCAGAAUUUGUUCCCUUGGGGAAGGAUUCCUUUUGUAAAUCAAGCCAUACUUUCUACCUGUUGCUUCCUGUCAUUCUGCGUGGUUGUGGAAGUGGAGUGACAGUUGAUUGGGAAGUUAUAAGAAGAUGUUUAUUGUCUCCUGUUUUCAGAAGCGUGCAAAAAGAAAAUUUUCCUUCAGUUGCUCAUUUGCAACUUGCCAAUGGUUGCAGAAGUAUGAGGGAUAUUGAGAAUAGUUUAGUUUACAUCGCACACAAGAAACAGUUCUACUUUGUGUCUAACAUUUUUCAUGGAAAAAAUGGUUUCAGCCCACACAAAGGUUCAAGCACUCCAAGUCAUUUGGAGCACCUAAUUCAAACGUUUGGCAUUCAACUUAAAUAUCCUGAACAACCUCUUCUUCAAGCAAAACCGCUCUUUUGUUUGCACAACUUGCUACACAACCGAAGGCAAGAGGAUUCUGAAACACAAGAGCUCGAUGAAUACUUCAUUGAUGUGCCUGCUGAGCUUUGUGAGUUGAAGAUAAUAGGCUUCUCUAAAGAUAUUGGGAGUUCAGUUUCUCUAUUACCAUCAAUUAUGCAUCGUCUGGAAAACUUGCUUGUAGCCAUUGAAUUGAAGAGCUUAUUAUCAGGUUCAUUCUCAGAGGGAGCUAAAGUGACUGCCUUUAGAGUAUUAGAAGCACUCACUACAGAGAAGUGUCAGGAGCGUCUAUCUCUUGAAAGACUUGAAGUUUUGGGUGAUGCUUUUCUCAAAUUUGCAGUUGGUCGACAUCUUUUUCUUUUGCAUGAUACCCUUGAUGAAGGGGAGCUUACUAGGAAGCGUUCUAAUGCUGUAAAUAAUUCCAAUUUGUUAAAGCUGGCAAGAAGAAAAAAUUUGCAGGUAUAUAUACGUGAUCAACCUUUUGACCCCUGCCAAUUCUUUGCUUUGGGUCGUCCUUGCCAUAUAAUUUGUACCAAGGAAUCUGAAGGAAAUAUUCAUUCUCAAAAUGCUAAUGGGGUCAGAUGUAGUAAAGGUCACCAUUGGUUACAUAGGAAAACAAUUGCUGACGUUGUUGAGGCUCUUGUUGGAGCAUUUAUUGUUGAUAGUGGCUUCAAAGCAGCAACUGCAUUUCUUAAAUGGCUGGGCAUCAGAGUCGACUUUGAAGCUUCAGAAGUUAUCAAGGUCUGCCUAGCAAGUAGAAGCUUCAUGCCACUUGCUCCUUCCAUAGACAUUGUUGACCUUGAAAAAUUGUUGGGUCAUCGAUUUCUGCAUAAAGGUCUGCUUCUACAAGCAUUUGUGCAUCCUUCCUACAACAAGCAUGGAGGAGGCUGCUAUCAGAGACUCGAGUUUCUUGGGGAUGCUGUCUUGGAUUACUUAAUCACAUCAUAUCUGUUUUCUGUUUAUCCCAAGUUGAAGCCUGGUCACUUGACAGAUCUGAGAUCAGCAUUGGUGAACAACAGAGCCUUUGCCAAUGUUGCAAUUGAUCGAUCUCUCCACAAGUUUCUUUUAUGUGAUUCCAGCAACCUUUCAGAGGCAAUAAAAAAUUAUGUGGAUAGUGUUAAAACACCAGCAUCAGGAAGGGGUUUGCUUGAAGGUCCAAAAUGUCCCAAGGUGCUUGGUGACUUGGUGGAGUCUUGUCUGGGUGCCAUUCUUGUAGACACAGGGUUCAAUCUGAACUCCAUCUGGAAGUUAAUGCUAUCAUUCUUGGCUCCUGUUUUGAAUUCUUCCAAUGUGCGGUUGAAUCCUUUUAGAGAACUACAAGAACUUUGUCAAUCUCAUAAUUGGGAUUUGCAGUUUCCAACAUCAAAGAAGGGUAAAAGUUUUUUGGUUGAAGCAAAAAUAGAUGGGAAAGAUGUACGUCUUGCUACUUCUGCAACCAACUCAAACAAAAAAGAGGCUAUUAGAAUUGCUUCAGAGCAAAUUUUUGUGAAGUUGAAGGAUCGAGGAUACAGUCGCAAGUCUAACUAUUUGGAGGAAGUUUUAAGGUCUAGCCAAAAGAUGGAAGCCAAAUUGAUUGGAUAUGAUGAAACCCCUAUAGAUAUUGCUGCUUCUUGUGCCACCACUACGCUUGAAAACUUGAAGGUCCAAGAGCCUGUUGGCAGCAACUUUAACCCCAAAAUUUAUUCCAUGAGUGCAAGUAAACAGCCUGCAUCUCACUUAGCUGUUGGAGGGCAGCCUAGUGAAACCGUUGCAUAUUCUAGAUCUGACACGGAUUCACUGGCCAAAGAUGGAUCACAUGUCAGAUCAGCAAAAUCACGUUUGCAUGAAAUAUGUGCUGCUAACUGUUGGAAACCACCUUCGUUUGAAUGCUGCUUUGAGGAAGGACCAAGCCACUUGAAGUAUUUCACUUACAAAGUGGUGGUCAAAACAGAAGCACCAAAUACGAUUCUAGAGUGUCAUGGGGCUCCCCAGAUGAAAAAGAAAGCUGCCGCUGAGCAUGCUGCAGAAGGGGCACUUUGGUACUUAACACAUAACAGGCACAUACUUUAAAGCGAAAUGGCUCUGAUGUGAGAUUUUUUCCCCUGCAAAUCUGAGAGGAUAAACUAUAUGCUAGUGGUAUAUGAUUGUUGUUAGUUUAAUACAUUCCAUGAAGCUAAGUUCACCACCGUGUAGAUGUAAAACCCACUAUCAUAUCUAGGGCAAACCCUUUAUUACAUAUAGUCCAUGAGAUCAAUAGAGAAGGAUCAAUGACUCGAGAGAUUGUUUAUGUGUAUCAGGAAAAAAAAUAUGCUUGUGAAUGACUCGAGAGUUUGUUUGUGUAUCAGGAAAAAAAAAUGUGCUGAAGAGGGAGCUAAAAAUGUGCAUGUGUAAUAUUGAUGAAGAGGGAGCAUUUAUCCCUUUGAUCAUAGAUGAUUCUUGUACUGAGGAUGUGACCAGCUAUGGAUGUGCAGUAGAGCUUUCACUAGUUCUAUAAUUCAA